UGCUUUCCUUUUAGCUUAAGGAAAAUUCCCAGGUCUCUCUCUCGCUCUCUUUAUAUAUCUGCAACCUCAUUCAUGACCUCAACACAAAGUCAUCAACUACCGACGCGUCGAACGAACCUUAACUUAUAUAUAUUGAUAGAUUCAUACCCUUCUUACAGAUUUAUCCUUUACAGCGGAUAUGGAUUUUGAACUUCGAAGGGCUAGAGAAAAGCUCGAGAAAGAGCAAAGAGAGAGGAAGGAGAAAGCCAGAUUGAAACUGGAAAGGGAGAAAAAAGCAAAAGCAGAGGCCAAGAAGCAAAGAGAGGCCAUUGAAGCUGCUCAGAGAUCCCGAAGGCUUGAUGCUAUUGAAGCCCAGCUCAAGGCUGAUGAGCAAAUGCAAGAAAAUUUACUUGCUGGGAGAGGAAUAAUGUUUUCUCGUAUACUGGAAGCUGUAUCUUUUCAUGGUUAUGGAGACAAGAUUAAAUUGCCUCCUUCCUGUUUCACAGACUUGUCUGAUCAAGGUGCUUUUGACAAGGGACCUAUACAUUUGCAAUUGUCAGUGAUUCAUCAAGAUGGUCCAUCUGAGACAAAGCAGCAGAUAACCCACUCAGGUGUUCUCGAGUUCACUGCAGAUGAGGGUCAUGUUGGGCUUCCUCCUCAUGUGUGGAAUAACCUUUUUCCUGUAGGGGCUCCAAAUGCUCCACUAGUUGAACUUCGCUAUGUCUGGCUGCCCAAAGGAACUUAUGCAAAGCUUCAACCUGAAGUUGUUGGCUUUUCAGACAUCCCAAAUCACAAGGCUGUGCUUGAAACAAGCCUUCGGCAACAUGCCACGCUUUCUCAAGGUGACGUGAUCACUGUUAACCAUGGGAUACUAACAUACAAGUUGCGGGUUCUAGAGUUGAAACCUUCCUCUAGUGUUUCUGUCCUGGAAACAGAUAUUGAGGUUGAUAUUGUAGGUUCAGAUUCAGCUCCAGAGAGCACAAAUCAGCAUGUCUUGAAGCCACUUACUUUAGGAAUUUCACAGUCUCACAUGGUUGAAGAAGGGAACUAUGAUUAUUAUAAAUUUUCUAUUGAUGGUGAUACUUGGGAAAAAAUUGCUUCUGGGGAUGUAAGAGUUGAAGUAAAGAUAGAUGUUGAAGCUGGUGUUGGUGAUACUGACCUUUACAUGUCCAAGCACCCUCUUAUAUUUCCAACUCGACAUCAACACGAAUGGUCUUCUCAUGAUGUGGGUUCAAAGAUUUUGAUCCUCAGUUCUGAUGAUAAGAACUUGGGAAUGGGUACUUACAGCAUUGGUGUAUAUGGUUUCAAGGCGACAACAAAGUAUAAGCUAUUGGUUAGCAUUGAAGACAAUACUUCUAAGAUGGGUCAGCAAGCUGGAUCUUCAUCAUCUGUGGCAAUUAACACUGUAGAGUGUAGGAAUUGCAAGCAUUUUAUACCUGCUAGGAGUAUAGCACUGCAUGAAGCAUAUUGUAGCAGACAUAAUGUUGUUUGUCAGCAUGCUGGUUGUGGAAUUGUUCUGAGGAUUGAGGAGGCUGAAAACCAUGUGCAUUGUGAGAAAUGUGGGCAAGCUUCUCAAAGGGGAGAAAUAGAGAAGCACAUGAAAGUUUUCCAUGAACCGCUUCAGUGUCCCUGUGGGGUAGUGCUUGAGAAGGAACUGAUGGUACAACACCAGGCUUCAGAUUGUCCCUCACGCCUUAUUACAUGCCGAUUUUGUGGCGAUAUGGUUCAAGCUGGCAGUUCGGCUAUGGAUGUGAGGGACCGGUUAAGAGGAUUAUCUGAACACGAGAGUAUUUGUGGGUCUAGAACAGCCCCAUGUGACUCUUGUGGACGAUCCAUCAUGUUGAAGGAGAUGGACAUCCACCAAAUUGCUGUUCAUCAAAAAGGCUAAUGACAAGAACCAAGCUUAUAGAGGCACAGGGGGUUGGCCAUGUGGUCACUUAGCACGGAAGCAUGACCUAGCUAACCCAUUUUUAUCAGAGUUGGACUCUUUUGCUCUAUAGGAGUUGUGGUUAAAUUAUGCAUUUGAGUAUUGUCCAUAUGAAAAGGGGCGAGAUAAAAUGAAAGGAAAAGGAAAGAACACUGUUGUAUCACGUGAUUGUUUAAUGUCAGCUAUGUAAACUUUUCAUCUCUUCCUGCGGAACCUGGUCUAUUAUUAUUAAAUUAUGUAAAUUUUUUAAUAAAGAAGAUUUAUGUCCCUGUAUUAUCAAAUGCCAGUAGUCUGUUCUUUUUUCAA